AUGGUUUUAACUCACUCGGUAGCCAGAGACGGCACUCAUGUCUUCCACAAUAAGCUUACCAACAACUACCUCCUAGUUGGGGAUAAUGGUAACAGUAUUGAGGCCACGAAGGAAUACCCAUCGUCAUUAACUGGCUCAAAUGCCGGUACCAUCUCUUGUAUUAUUGGUGUGAUUAAGCUUAAGGUCAACUCAUACGUCAUUAUUGCCAAUGAGCACCAAGUUACAGGAUCCAUUUUGAACAAAGAGAUUGCUUUGAUCAAAAGUUACAAGAUCUUGUCUUUGAGCGGCGCUAAGGCAACAAGUGAGGAACAGGUUUACUUGGACUUGUUGAAUGAACAGUUGAGAAAUGGUACCUUGUAUUACUCUAUCGAUAAUCAGUAUGAUAUCACCAACUCAUUACAGAAGCAAUACACCACUGAACAUCCAAAGAUUGACGAGAGAUUCUGGUGGAACAAAUACAUCUCUACCCCUUUGCUUGAAGUUGAUUCUAGAUUUGAGUUUAUUACACCAAUCAUUUACGGCUACUUCAAAUCCCACUCAACAAUUUUUAAUGGUCGUGCAUUGCAAUUUGCUUUAUUGACUCGUCGUUCAACAGAAAGAGCAGGCACGAGGUAUUUCCGUCGUGGUAUUGAUGCACAAGGUAAUGUUGCCAAUUUCAACGAAACUGAGCAAUUUGUCACUACUGAUGAUAAUCAUAUUUACUCAGUGUUGCAAACAAGAGGCUCGGUUCCAGUGUAUUGGGCAGAAGUCAACAAUUUGAGAUACAAGCCAAACUUGGAAAUCAGUUCCCAACCUUCAGGAGAUGCGACUGCGGCGCAUUUUAGUCAACAAGUGGCAUUCUAUGGUGACAACUAUUUGGUCAAUUUGGUCAAUCAACUGGGGUAUGAAAAGCCCGUCAAGCAAGCAUACGAAUCUGCAGUUGAGAAUUUACCGGAAAAGUUGAAAUCUCAUGUCCAUUACAUUUACUUUGACUUCCACCACGAGUGCAAAGGUAUGAGAUAUGACAAGAUCAACUUGUUGUUGGAUCGUUUGAUUGGAUUGGGCUACACUUCAGACAACUAUUUUGAAAUUGAUUUGAGUGCAAGAAAGAUUAUUCAUUUGCAAAAUUCAGUGAUUAGAACAAACUGUAUGGAUUGUUUGGAUAGAACCAAUGUUGUUCAAGGCUCAAUCGGCAGAUGGGUUUUGCAAAAUACAUUGGUCAAGUCUGGAUACUUGAAUUCAGUUGAAACGCCAUUCGCCAAAGUUGACCCCAGGUUCAAUUUGUUUUUCCAAAACUUCUGGGCCGAUAAUGCCGAUGCUGUUAGUUGUGCUUAUUCAGGAACCGGUGCUUUGAAAACUGACUACACUCGUACCGGUCAAAGAAGUCACCGUGGUGCUAUUCGCGACUUGAUCAAUUCAUUGACUCGUUAUUACAAAAACAACUACUCCGAUGGAAGUAGACAGGACUCAUACGAUUUGUUUCUUGGUAAAUAUAAGCCAUAUCAAGAUGCAGUCCAGUCGCCAUUUAUUGAUGUUAGACCAGCUUAUGUCCAGUUGUUGCCAUAUUUGAUGGGAACUUCAUUCUUGAUUAUGUUGGCGGUUUUGUAUUACCCAAGAGGGUCCUUGUUGGAUUUGAAGAAUUUGGCAAUUAUUGUCUUGUGCUUGCUUUUCAAUUUGAGAAGUUUGUCGUGGAUUCUUGCCAAUGGAUACCAAUAUGUUGAUUGGCCAAGAUUGGUUCCUUUGGAUUAUUUGAGAAAGCAAAAUACCUACGACGGUAAUGGUAAAGUGACUGGUACAAAGUAUGAAAAAACAGAUUACUUCAAGGGCAUUAGUAAGAAGAAGAACUAG